UCCGCUGGCAAAGCGAGAGCUGUUGUGACGUGUUCUGUCUGUAACUUUAUCCUCUGAAAAUGUCCAACAAUGAGAACGCUGCCCGCCUCACCAGGUUCAAGAACAAGGGCAAGGACACCACGGUGAGUAGAUGGGGCAGUGGCACUCAUUGCCGUGGGUAUGGGCCUUCGGCUCACUCUGGCGCUUCUUUCCAUGGCAGGAAAUGAGGAGGAGGAGGAUCGAAGUGAACGUGGAGCUGCGCAAGGCCAAGAAAGAUGAUCAAAUGCUAAAGAGGAGAAAUGUCAGCACCUUCCCAGAUGAGCCAACCUCUCCCCUACAGGAGAAGAACCAGAAUGGGCAGACCUCUACACAGUGGAGUGUUGAGGAGAUUGUCCGGGGUGUCGCCAGCUCCAGCCUAGAAAUACAGCUACAGGCCACACAGGCUGCGAGGAAACUUUUGUCCAGAGAGCGAGAGCCGCCAAUCGAUCGCAUCAUUCAGGCGGGUCUCAUUCCCAAGCUGGUAGCGUUUCUGGCCCGCACCGACUGCAGCCCCAUCCAGUUUGAGGCCGCCUGGGCUUUGACGAACAUUGCUUCCGGAACCUCUGAUCAAACCAAGGCUGUUGUGGAAGGCGGUGGUGUCCCGGCAUUCAUCUCCCUUUUGGCAUCUCCUCAUCCUCACAUCAGUGAGCAGGCUGUGUGGGCCUUGGGAAACAUUGCAGGUGAUGGAUCUGCCUACCGUGAUCUGGUUAUUAAACAUGGAGCUGUUGGGCCCCUGCUGGCCUUACUGGCUGAUCCUGACCUCUCCACAUUAGCUACUGGUUACCUCAGAAAUGUUACAUGGACACUCUCUAACUUGUGCCGCAACAAGAACCCGGCCCCGCCUCUGGAUGCUAUUCAGCAGAUCUUGCCCACACUAGUGAGGCUAUUGCAUCAUGAUGACCGGGAGGUACUGGCUGAUACCUGCUGGGCAGUGUCCUACCUCACCGAUGGCUCAAAUGACCGCAUCAACGUGGUGGUCGGCACAGGCUUGGUCCCACGCAUUGUCCAGCUGCUGGGCUGCGGAGAGCUGACAAUUGUGACCCCUUGUUUGAGAACUGUAGGGAACAUCGUGACUGGCACGGAUGAGCAGACCCAAGUGGUUCUUGAUGCGGGGGCCCUGUCUGUCUUUGCCGAGCUGCUCACCCACCACAAGAAUAACAUCCAGAAGGAAGCUGCCUGGACAUUGUCCAACAUUACUGCUGGGCGUCAGGACCAGAUCCAGGAAGUGGUCAAUCAUGGGCUGAUUCCCUAUCUCAUUGAGAUCCUGAGGAAGGCUGACUACAAGACCCAGAAAGAAGCUAUUUGGGCAGUCACCAACUACACAAGUGGGGGAACAAUCGAUCAGAUUAUCUAUCUUGUCCAGUGCAGUGUCAUUGAGCCUCUGUCAAAUCUCCUCUCUGUUAAGGACAGCAAGACUGUUCUGGUCAUUCUAGAUGCCUUCACCAAUGUGUUUGCUGCUGCUGAAAAGCUUGGGGAGACUGAGAAGCUGUGCCUCAUGGUAGAGGAAUGUGGUGGUCUCGAUCGCAUCGAGGCCCUGCAGUCUCAUGAGAAUGAGCAGGUCUACAAAGCAUCAGCCGGUCUCAUAGAGAAAUACUUCUCUGCAGAGGACGGAGAAGAUGAGUCUUUGGCUCCUGAGACCACAUCCGACGGCUACACUUUCCAGGUGGAAGGUGGAACCCACACCACAUUUAACUUCUAAACAUUGCCCUGUCUGUCUGUCCUUUUCUAUGUCAACUGGCACUUUGUCUUAUUUUGAACAGCCUUUUCCACUCUGUAAAUAUACUGUGAAUCUUAAAUCUGUAUUGAAAUAAAAUGUUGUAAAUAUUUCCUUUUUAAUUUACAGCAGUCAGGCAGCAGCUGCAAUGCUUUCUAGUUCAAAGGCAAAUGUAGCUGUGGCCGCCAUAACCUCUUGAGGCAGAGAUUUUAUUGUACGAAGCAAUUGGGCCAGCGGCUGGCACAGUCCGACCAUAGAAGCACUUAGCACAAUUAGACAUAAGGGGGUUUUGUUGGUUCCCCCUGUGCCUUGUAUGAACCAUUAAUACAAUGGCCUGGUUCCCUGCCAGCCCUCACUGACUGCAUACUGGCCACAGCUUAGGGAUUGUUCUGGCCCACUAACUGGCCCAUUAAGGAGAAACUGCCAGAUACUUGUGGAUCUGUGUGGCCAGUGCUGGGGAUGGCUGGCACAAGCCAUGAAAGCAUUUCUGUGGGGCUGUGUGUUCCAUGUCUCUCGCUGUCUCUGCUCUUGAGCCCCCUGUAUCCCUGAGAAAGCGUUCUAGCUCGGGGGGCUGCACAUUGAAUUCUUUAAGUUCUUGUACAGCUUCUUUAUAUUGCCACUGUUUACAAUAAAUUCCGUUUUGGCAAAAAAAAAAAA